AUGCACAUAUGUAGACUAUAUAUUGUUUCCAGGAAGGACUUAUUCGAUAAUGACACAUUGUUAUCCACGGAGGAAGUACCGAUGCCUGAGAGGGAAUUAGAUAUGCAUGAUGAUUUUGAGAUUGUGGAUGUGGUACAGGAUGAUUCCAAUACAAGUAAAAAUGAUGACGCUGAUACUGCUGCAACAAAUAAUGAGGAACAAGAAGAAUUCGAAUACUUCCCGUUGUUUUCCAUGGGGACCAGUGAUGCCACCGCUACCAAUGAGGAGGAUCAAGUGGAGGACAAGGGAAGUGAAGAUGGAAGAGGUCGUUCUGAAACAAAGCUAAUGAAGGUCUCCUUGAGAGAACCAUCUCCUGAAAUUAUAAAUCAAGAAAGGCCUAAAGAUUAUUAUUUUACUCAAUACACCGAUGAAGACCAUGCCAACUUUGCAAAGAGUGCCGUCGGUUAUAUGACUAUAUUGAAGGAAUCUCAGAUGGGGCCAUACACCAAUUGGAAGAAAUUUAGAGGAAGAGUCAUUGAUUUAGAUAAAUAUAACAAAGAAAUUGAUCGCAGCAUACUUCGAGAAAAGAUCUUGAAGAAGAGAAGACCUGGUCAAAAGCAACGACGUGCAAAGAAACUAGCUGCCGAGAGAAUACAGGAACGUGAAUUGAAGGCUAAAGAAAUUAAGAAAAUGAUCAAAAAACAAUUUCAUAAACGUGGUGGGAAGAAGAAUAAGAAAAAGCAAGUACAGGCCAAGGCUGGUGCAACUGUGAAACCAAAAUUUAGAACAGAAUAA